AAAACGGAAUAGCCUGUGUUUACAUUUCCUUAGAUACGACACUUGGCCAUCAGCAUGGAAAUUGAGGAUAAUCAUUCAGGUUCACCCAUGCCCGACAUGUCUCUGUCCCCGGGGCUGGGAACACUGUCUGAGACACCCAUCUCACAAAUAGAGGAAGAGGAAAUAGAAAUCAUCACAGAACCUCCAAGUCUUGAUACCCAGUACCAGACUGAGUUCUUCAAGGUUCAAGGCUUUGUCAGAUCAGAUACCCCUGAGACUCUGAUGACAGAAUUCACCAAUCGACCAGACAUCACCAUCAGAUGUGACCGGUGUGCCAUCCACAUCGACCUCAUUGCCUUGCGGGAGCACCGGGCCUACCACAGUGCACUGAGUGUGUUGAAGUACAAGGGAAACAGCACCCCACAUAGCAAUGAGGCCCUGCUGCGACGUCGCAACAUGGUCAUCAAACAACUCUUAAAACAGGCAUCAGCCACAGAUGUACCCUUUGAACCAAAACAGGUCCAGGUGAUAAACGAUGCGUAUGAAAUCAUCAAGUCUAACCUGGAAGAUACUUUUGAGGAGUAUCGGGCAGUGCGGGAACCAGUCAACACCAAAGUCCAGGGUGUGGCCCUGUCGUGUAGUCCCCAAUGUGUGGAUGCCAUCGGAAUUUGUGCUAGUCCCAAUGAGCGGUGGAAAGGUAGCAUGGAGGACACCCGCGUGUAUCAAGAUUGUUUUGGGGACGAUAAGAACAAAUGUUAUGUGGGAUUGUUUGACGGCCAUCAUGGGCGGUUUGCUGCUGAAGUAGCAGCAUCAACGUUACAUUACCUACUGCUGAACGAAAUGGCAAAAUUCGAUUCCGAAACGAAUCCAACACGAAUACUGGAAGAUGCGACAGAUAUUUGCGGUUAUGAAUUUAAAUACCCUGACUCGAAAGAGAGAGAAUUGAGUAACUUUGUAGAGGGUGUAAAUAUAGUGCAGCAGAUUAUAAACUUGUGUGAGGAGAAGUACGAAAAGAUGAUCCAGCGUAUUGAAAAUUCAUCGUCUCGUACUCUAAAAGGAAAAAAGAAAACUAAAGCUCCCAAACAUCCUUUGCAGCCAAAAAUUGCCGAAGCCUUCAAAAAGGUUUAUGAAUUCCUGGACAUUUUGUUGUCUUAUGGGAAGGAUGAAUGCUCCAAGGUGCGGUGGAGUGGAUGUUCAGCAUUAACAGCCAUCAUUCAAAACACAGAUGAGGGAGACAACUCCAACCAGUGUAUGGAAGAGGGAACUAACUUGUAUGAGGAUCCAAUACAACUGGGCUUGAUACACAUUGCAAAUGCUGGUAAUGUCCAUGGAGUCUUGGUACGUGGUAACCAUGGUUACCAGCUGACAAAAGAUCACACCCCUAACAAUGAAAAGGAGAAAUCGAGAGUAAUACAGGCAGGAGGGACCAUCAGUGAGAGUUCACGGGACUGUCAGGUAAAUGGUAUCUUAGCAACAACCCGUGGACUUGGUAAUCAUGGUGACGUAAGUCUUAAGAAGUGCAUUGUGGUUGAGCCCCACACUCUGUGCGUGCCGAUAGACCAGUAUGCUCAGUUCCUGGUACUGGCCAGCCAUGGCGUCUGGGAGGUCUUUAAUGUGCAGGAAGUGACCUCUCUUCUUUUGAAGCAUUUUCACAAGAUAAGACAGCUGCUUCCUAGUCACCAGAUUCCUGCCCCACGUAAAAUGUGUGAGUCCAUCAAGCCUCUCCUCAACCCGCCUGGUCAAAGUGAACUAGGUGACAGGAGAACAUCAUUCGCUAGCACUGAUCUCACACCAAAGUCCGACACUGAUGAGACCAGAACCACACUCAGCCAGGACACCGAAAGAUCGAGAUCGGUCUCAGUGCAGGAGAAUGUAACUCCAGUUGAAAACCUGGACUCUGGUCGCAGUGAGAACAUCUCUGGUCGCAGUGAGGACAUGCUCACUAUUGAGGCCGACCUCAAAACGGAGGUUGGCAGUCACGUGGGUGAUGAUGAUGUGCAGCUCAGUGCCGACGGUGACCACGUGUCCAUCCCCGUUCAUUCCGAUCUGUCGAGUGACAAAGAGAAGACUCAGGAGGAGAUUCGGCGAGAUUUAGCGAGAUCGAUGGCAGAACAUCUCAUACAGGCUUCUCUGUUAGCAGGGUCACGUGACAACAUCACUGUCAUGGUGAUGAUGUUUCCAGGGUGUGGUGUCUGAGAAUCCACUGACAACACCACUGUCAUGGUGAUGAUGUUUCCAGGGUGUGGUGUCUGAGAAUCCACUGACAACAUCACUGUCAUGGUGAUGAUGUUUCCAGGGUGUGGUGUCUGAGAAUCCACUGACAACAUCACUGUCAUGGUGAUGAUGUUUCCAGGGUGUGGUGUCUGAGAAUCCACUGGAUUAUUUUGAAAUAUUAUUUUCUUCUUCAUCUUUUUUCUUCUUUUUUUUUUGGUGUGGGAGGGUGGGAGAGAGGACAGGGGAAAGGGCACAUGUGGGCAGAGACAGGUUACUUCACUUAUUAAAUAUUGUAUAUUAUUAAUUGUUCCCAGAUAAAAGGUCACCUCGACAUGGCAUGUCACUGGGUACUGUCAACUCAUAAAGUAAUAAAGAAACAUGCAGUUGAUCUUGAAAUCUAGUUGUAAAAUGAAAUUGUUGACAUUUCGUUACAUCAUCAGGGCUAGCUCUGGGUAAGCAAACAAUUUCGCCAAUUUAUCUGAUACAAAAACUGGGUUAUUUUUUAAAACAAAAUAUCAUUUAUUUCGCCGAAUUAAAAUAAAAUUUGCCAAAUGUUUUAGAAAUUCGCAAUUGGUGAAUUUGAUGAGUGCCAGAGCUAUCCCUGAUCAUAAUGUCUGAUUCUUUUGUGUUUAACAUAUGAAUCAGCUAACCAUGACUGAUUUUCAAAUGAAUGAGAAAUGAAGUUAGGUGAGUGGUGAUAAAAUUUCUAUUUUUAACAACAGUGACCAUGACCUUUGUCACUUGAUCCUAUUCCUAUAUGCGAAGUUUGAUAAAAAUUGAAUGAGAAAUGAAGUUGGUAGAGUGGUGACCUACAUAAGGGCAAGAUGCUAUAUCCCUCAAUUACUUAUCACAAGGGGUAAUAAAUACCUGUCAAAAUACAUUUAAAAAUUCAAAUCCAUUUAAAUCUGAGUACAGAAUGUUAUGUGCCUUAUUUUCUCUUGAAUUAAAAUAUUGAUUUAAUCAGAUUAAUUCUACCGACCCAAUUUGUUUUAGGUACAGUGAAACCCCUGAAAACUAGAUCUGGACCUGGGGGGGUUCGAAUAUGAACCAAGUGGACCUUUUUCUAUUUUGUUUUUGCACCACCCGAAACUCCAUAUUUACGCCCCUGAGUACAGAACAUAACGGGCUGAAUUUACAAAUCCUGUUUAUGUCUUGUACAUGUGUAAUUAGAUACAUUUACAAUUCCUGUUUAUGUCUUAUACAUGUGUAAUUAGAUACAUUUACAAUACUUGCAUUUAAGAAAGACAUGUUUGUAAAUUCGGCCAUGUGUCUUUAAACUAAAUACUGCCUAAAACAUUGUACUUGAUCCCAAGGGUGUCCUGUUUAGAAAGGUUUCACUGACCAGUUUUUAUUUUUUUGAAAUUCAUUUUGUACUAGGUUGGAUUUGCCAAAAUUGAUAAUUUAAGUAAAAUCUGACAUAAUGUGUGAGGUAAUGGUGGAAAAAAAAGCUACAAUAGGCGAAAUUAUUUUACACUGGCUAAUAACUAAGGUCAUUGGCCUUAACAUUGUACUAACUUGUUACAUCUGUUAUCAUCAAGUCAUGUGGUUUUACAGGAAGUAGUAUCCGAUACUCUGAUUAGAUAUGGCUUCUCAUGUGACAGGGGAAAGUGGGGUGCUAUGUUCAAGUUGUGGUUGUACAUGCAGCCUUUCCUCAUCUUUUCUUUAGUGUAUUUUACAUAUUAGUAUUAAUCCACUUGUUUAACAGACUUGAACAGUGUUGUGCCAAAAUGGUUGUAACUUUAAAUCUCAGUUUGCUGUGUCAGUAUUAAAUAUGUGUAGUGUAUAUAUCUAGUGUUGAAUAAAUUGAGUGUUUAUGUCUACUGUUUAGUUUAUAUUUAACAAGUUUACUAAUUUAUAUAUAUAUAUAUAUAUAUAUAUAUAUAUCUUACACAC